AUGAUGGACAUAGACUCCCCCUCCUCUCGUCCGGACAACAUAUCCUCGCUGGGAGAAUCGCCCAGCUUCACCGCGUCCUUGAGGUCGAACUCUUUCGGCCUGAACCUAACAAACAACCUCAAAAGACCCUUGCUCCACAAAAAAGCUGCAACCCAGAUCCACAAUGGAUGCUUCAACAACGACUUCACCUUCUCCACGUACAACAAGGAGAAUUCCUUCCCCAGCGCCAGUAGCACGAGCUCCGUAUCCGCUUCCGCCACCACCACCUCCACCAACCCACUAUACAAGUCCUUUGCAUUCAACGGCAACCCGGUCAUCUCGAAAAAGUCGUCGGUCAAGAAGCAGAUGAAAAAGAAGUCCUCUUCCAACCUCUUCAGAUCCAGUCAGAACGCACUCUGCCAUGGCCACACUCUAAAUCACAGCCACAACCACAGCCAUGGCCACAACCGCAGUAACAGCGUGUCCCACCGACACACAAAGUCCAAUUCCUCGAUAUCGUCCAGUUCGAUAUUCAAGAACCUGUCGACAAAACCCAGUAUUGAUUCUAUCUUCAACUUCUCACAAGAAACACAGCCCCUCAACCCCAGUAGCAAGCCUAUAUUCAGCCAAUCAAACAACACUUUCAUAGUGUCUCCAGCCUCUAACCUCUCAACGCCGAAUGGCAGUGAAAACGACUCUUACUAUUCGAGUGAUGAUAAUGUUUCCGAUGAUGAGGACCAUAACAUAGUAUUGGCAGACGAGUCGUUCGACAAUGACGAGUCCGACUCCUCCAACCUGGAUUUCGGUUCCCCACUACAGAAGAAGCAGCCCAACAGAACUGAGCUUCUCUCAAACAUUACACAUUUCAAACUACAGCGUCACCAGUCUUUGAUGCAAUUCGGAGUGAGCGGCAAAAACACAAACCAUCCUCUGAACAACCAAAACUACAAGUUUGACACCGACCAGUUGGCCUCCAAUAUAAAUGGACUUUCUGUCAACAGUGAUGAUGAUGAUUCCAUCUACGGAAACUCAAUGUUGCACGAUGUGCCUUUUGAGUUCAGCAGCAAUGAAUACGGAAAAAUACCAAGAAUCACCGUUGACCAAUUCAAGAAAAUUCUUCAUGAGUACAAAGGAAAAUCAAAUGCCGUCAAUGGUAAGUUCUGCAAGCAUUUCGACCGAUUGAUUAUUGUUGAUUGCAGAUUCAAAUUUGAAUUUAAAGGUGGUCAUAUUGAUGGUGCAAUUAACAUUUCUUCAUUUACAGAACUAGAAAAUGUAUUCUUCACAGAUGAGAUUUUGCAGAAAACUCCUUUGGAAUUCAACAAAGAAGAGAGAACACUACUUAUUUUUCACUGUGAAUUCUCAUCCCACAGAGGUCCGAUGAAAGCAGAUCAGUUGCGAUAUUUUGAUAGAAGCAUUUGUGGCGAUUUCUAUCCUAACCUAUACUAUCCAGAUAUGGUAGUUUUGGAAGGAGGCUAUAAAGAUUACUAUGAGUCGGAGAAAAGCUUACACAAAUCUUUAAGUUAUAUUGAAAUGGACAAUCCACUAUUCAAGGAUGAAAGAGAGAGAAAUUUGACUCUAUUGAGAAGAGAAUCAAGUUUGAGUAGAAAAAAUUCUCGAAAUUCCUCCAGUGUUAGUUUGAGCAGAAAGACAUCUCACAGCUCUAUCAAAAGUAUAAAUUCUUCUUCCAUCCUAGAUUUCUCGUCGGUAAAUAAGGUGGAAUUCAAUCAAACAUUAAAACCAAGACCAAGUAAACGCUUCCUGCCGAACGCAAAUUCUAGCUCAACUCAAAGUCUCCUUCUUAACAACAGUAACGGCAGCACUAGUACUUUUAGUAGUGAUUGCCACAAGCUGGAAAUACCAAAGCCUCAAGAACAGAACGACGAGCCUUAUACAUCAUCAUCAUCCACUCCGACUGAAUAUGGCUUAUUCGGUGGGUUUGGAAAUCAUAAAAUUGAUUUGGAUCAUUUGGUCGAUGAAGAUGAUGACGACUUCGAAACUGAUAGCAUUCAAAUAUUUGAGGAUCAAGGAGAUAGUUUGAAAAAUACGCUGCGAACGUCGAGAUUACCAUAUGGUGGAAAUGAAGGCUUUAAAGUUCCACUUCCAAGGCCCAAGUUUAAUAGAAGAGGCAGCCUACACCUAAGAAGCAAUACCGUCUCAUCAUUUUCGUUCUCCAAUCACUCUGGAUUCAAAAGUGUACCAUUGUUAAGCACACCGGAGAAAGCUGAAGCCAAGUUUGCCAACAAUGUUUUUUUCAGACAUAACAAUAAUUCAAGUGUUUACAGUGUCCAAGAAGGAAACGAAAACGAUAGUCCAAACAACACAGAAUACAAAUCUAUCUAUUCCAACAAGCAUAACGAAAAACAUUAUGAUACUCCUAUAAAGGCUAAACAAUAG